AUGCAGUUUGAUGAAAGUGAAGGGGUAUCUAAGCAACUACAAAGUAAAACUAACCGACAAGAUGAUCCAGUCUUGUUGAAAAUCGCACUAGAGCAAGCAAGAAAAGCUCAGUCAGCUUCUGAAUUUGAAGUGGUUCGACUGAAAGCUGAAUACGUGAAUGUUAUGCCUAAAAGUCGGUAUGAUGCCUUAUGGGAAGAAAAUAAUAAAAUAAAAAACGAUUAUGACAUGAAGAUUAAAGAAAAUGAGGAAUUAAAUGAAUCUUUGGAACUUCUAAAAAAUCAAUUAAAUGAAGUUAUGAAACAACGUGAUCAAUCAGUAAUAACAGUUCAACAGUUACAAAGAGUAUCAACACCGAGACCAGAAUGGAAUGAAGUUGGACGCAAACUACCUGGAGGUUUAACUCGAUGGUUGGAAGAAACUGCGUCAAUGUCAUCUCAAGAGAAAAUGCAUUUCCUUGUCAAUCAGGUGACAGCACGAAAUUCUGAAAACAUCAAAUUCAAUUUAAAUGCAUACAUAAAGGCUCAUGAAAGAGACUAUUUGAAUUUCGUAAACAAACCUGUUCACUUAACGCAUACGCACACUAAAAUUCUAAUUUAUAACAAAUUCUUCUUGAACAUUGGUCUUAAAAGAAUAGUCAACUACACUUUGCAUGGUUACAAAUCUAAAAUAUUUUAA